AUGAAACUCAUAAUCGGCGGUUCAACCGGCUUCGUCGCUACGGAAUUACUUUCUCAAGCUCUCAAGAACCCAGCAAUCACCUCCAUCAUCGCCCUAGGUCGACGCGGGGCUACAGUACCAGCAGACGCCAACUCUAACGCUGCAAAAACAAAGCUCAGAUCAAUUACCUGCGAGAACUUUGAGGAAUACCCCGAUAGCGUGAAGAGCGAACUAGCAAAUGCAGAUGCUUGUAUCUGGACCAUCGCCGUAACACCCAUGAAACUCAGCACCGUCCCGUGGGAAGAAACAUGUAAGAUAUCGCGCGACUACGCUACCACAGCUAUCAAGACCAUCCACACCCUACGCCCACCCCAAGAAAAACCACUACGCUUCAUCUACAUGAGCGGACACUUUGCGCCUCGUAGUCGGGCUGAAAUACCCCCCGCACUGCAAAAUCAUGGGCUGGUUGAUUACGGCUUGUUACGGGGUGAGACGGAGACACUUAUCCUCGACUACGCGGAACAAUCUCAAGGCACUGUUCAGUCCUGCAUCGUGAAACCGGGACUCAUCGAUGCUCCGGGUGCGGAGAAGCGUGAGAUCCCGGGUCUCCCGCAUAUCGAUUUGCCGGAUAUCGCGGCUGCGCUGUUAGAUCAGGUUAUUCGUGGGUUUGAGAAGGAUACCCUGAGUAAUGAUGAUCUGGUGCGAAUUGGACAGCGGGCGUUGGCUGGGUACUCGAAAGGUUGA